UCCCAGGGAACAGGGCAUGUGACAUCUUUGUGCCCGUUUGCUGUGGAGAAGUGGAGAGGGCUAUUCAGAAUGUCCAGGAAACACAGCUUUGGCCAAAUGCUCCUUGUAGGUCUCACCUACAAGGUUCGGGUGAUUCCCGUCUCCCUUCCUAAACCAUUUCUGGGGGACUCUGCCUUGCAGGAUCUGAAAGAUGCUGCUUGUUUCUGUUUCCUUUACUGGGAAUAAAAAAUGCCAAAUACUCAUCCAGCUGUAGAAAUCAGCUCAGGUACAAGGGCUUCCCACCCUACUACAGCCUACUACAGAUGCCACAGUUAUAUUUUGAUGGCUGUCUUGUAUCAGGGAAGCUGUGCAGAAGGUACUGAAACCUCCUUUGAUGGUUUUUUAUAGAGCAGACAAAGGACUAUUGCUUUGGCCUGCAUUUGCAUUUCUCCUUUUUAAGUUGUAAAUUAUUGGCAGUGGUUACAGCCUUGCAGCCAUCCCAGCAAGAAUCAGAAUUACAAACAAAAAGUAUUCAUUCAUUGGUUUUCCCCUCACUUCUCUUGUAAUUGCUUUUGGCAUUCAUUUGAUAAAAGGGAAGGUCAUCUUGCACCCACAAUGUAUCUAUUUCCUACUUUUUUCAUAAAUUCCGUGUCCGUUUUCAAAGUUGAUUUUUGUUUGGCACCUAAAUUGUAGCAGACUGCAGCUGCAAGCCUUCAGCAGGAGGUUUGGGGAGGAGGAGAGAGGGGAGUUGCAGGAUGAAGGAAGGCAGAUGGAAAAUAACUGGAAAGACCAAGUAGAAAAGGUGGCACCAAAGUACAAACAUUUGGCUGUGUAAACCAGUGUAGGCAGUGGCUGUUUAAUCAUCCCUGUGCAACUUUGUUUUCAGCUGCGUUAUCCCAAAGCUGUGCUGGGAGGCAAGGAGCACUGUAACCCUGUAUUGAUAUGUGCUUUGUCUUGCAGGCUGAGGUGGAGGAAACACUGAAGCGAAUCCAGAGCCAGAAGGGAGUGCAGGGAAUCAUCGUGGUUAAUUCGGAAGGUAUUCCCAUCAAGAGCACCAUAGACAACUCCACCACCAUUCAGUACGCCGGCCUCAUGCACAGCUUCAUCAUGAAGGCCAGGAGCACUGUGCGGGACAUCGAUCCCCAGAAUGACCUCACAUUCCUGCGGAUCCGCUCCAAAAAAAAUGAAAUCAUGGUUGCUCCAGAUAAAGACUAUUUCCUGAUUGUCAUACAGAAUCCAACUGAAUGAUUACACUGACUCAGUCUGUUUUUUUCCUUUUGCCUGUUUUAUUUUCCCUGUUUGGUUGUGUGGGUUUUCUUGGUUUGGUUUUUUUUUUUUUUGGAGGGGGGGCAGUUUGGGAUUUUUUUUAUUUAAUGGUAAAGAAUAGAGCAUUAGUGUUAACUGUUCUGUGACUCUUCAGUAAGGUUUGGGAGAAUUAAAGCAGGUGGUUUUGUUGUCUACAAACAGAAAAAAAUGGCGCUUUUUGUAUCACAAGUCAUUUUGAGUGGGAGCUGGUGAGUUGGAAUUGGGCAGUAAAAAAUGCAGCAGAUUCUCUUGAUAGCUAAGAUAAUAAAAUUGUAAUAAUAACCAAAAAAA